AUGGAACACGAGCAAGAUGACCCUGGAACAGCUACACGUGUAAUGGCGAAUGAGUCUAUAUGUGAUCCAACUGUGGUGGAUAACAACAACAGCAGUCACAUAGAUAGGACUGAUGAUUCAGUAAGUAACGAGCAUCCGAACAUUUAUCGGCAAGAUAUUGUAAGAAACAACAGAACCGGUAGUAUUGGGGUUGUGAGUGAAGUAGCUGGUGAUUCUGACUCUGAAAGUGACAUUAGUGAUGAGGAAGAUGACGAAGAUGAUGAUGGUGAUGAUGAUGAUGAGGACGAUAAUGAUGAUGCUGCUGAGGACGAAGAGGAAGGCAAAAAUGCCAAUGAAGAAAAUGUUGGAGAUGACAAUGCUGACGAGAAAAAAGCCGACGGGAACUACAAAUGUGGUCCCCUUGAGGGUAGUCAGAUUCGUGUGCUUUGGAUGGAUAACACCGAGCCAGUUCAAGAUACUAAGGACGUAACCGUUGUGGACCGUGGCUUCUUACACGGAGACUACGUUGCUUCGGCUUCUGAUCCAACAGGUCAGGUGGGAGUAGUAGUGGAUGUAAACAUAUCGGUUGAUCUAUCGGCUCCUGAUGGUUCUAUCCACAAGGACAUCUCGACCAAAGAGUUGAAACGCGUCAGGAAUUUUGCGGUCGGUGAUUUCGUGGUUCAUGGCCCCUGGCUAGGUAGAGUUGAUGAUGUAUUGGACAAUGUGACUGUGUUGUUCGAUGAUGGCUCCAUGUGUAAAGUCGUACGUGUCGAACCCCUUCAGCUAAAACCUAUCCCCAAGAAUAACCUUGAAGAAGAUGCAAACUUUCCGUAUCACCCAGGCCAGCGUGUGAGAGCAAGCUCUUCGUCGAUUUUCAAGAGUUCACGGUGGUUGUCUGGACUGUGGAAGCCCAAUCGCUUAGAAGGUACGGUGACCAAAGUUACCGCUGGAUCUGUUUUUGUCUACUGGAUUGCCUCUGCUGGAUUUGGGCCAGAGUCUUCUGUCUCCCCACCUGAGGAGCAGAAACCAAAGAAUUUGACAUUGUUGUCGUCUUUCACACAUGCGAAUUGGCAAGUGGGUGACUGGGGCCUUCUUCCAUCGGUGAGUCAGUCUACUACAAUUAUCUUGCAUAAGCGUCUAUCUAAAUUACGGCUUUAUGAUUCUCAAGCAAAUCGGAAGCAGAUUAGUGGGUGCGAUUUGGAAGAUGUGCAAGAUGAAGUAAGCGAAAAGAAUGAAUCUGUUGGUAUCACUGCUGAAGCUUUGCCAAAAGAAACUAGUGUUUCUUCUGAUUCAAAGGAGCCUGCUCAUGAACCUUGGCCUCUCCAUCGUAAGAAGAUACGCAAACUCGUUAUCAGAAAGGACAAAAAGGUUAAGAAGAAAGCGGAAAUCUUUGAACGAGCUCUAAUGGUAGUUAAUAGCAGAACGCGUGUUGAUGUAGCCUGGCAGGAUGGUACAGUAGAAUGUGGACGGGAAGCAACAACAUUGAUUCCGAUUGAGACUCCUGGUGAUCAUGAGUUUGUCGCUGAGCAGUAUGUGGUGGAGAAGGCUUCAGAUGAUGGUGAUAAUAACACCACUGAGCCUAAGCGUGUUGGGGUUGUUAAAAGUGUCAAUGCAAAAGAACGUACCGCUUCUGUGAAAUGGUUGAAGCCAGUUCGAAGGGCAGAGGACCCCCGUGAGUUUGACAAUGAAGAGAUCGUUAGUGUUUAUGAGCUCGAGGGCCAUCCAGAUUAUGACUACUGUUAUGGGGAUGUCGUUGUUCGACUAUCACCUGUUACCAUGGCGGUACCACCGUCUUCUGCCGAAAACUCUCUAGAGGAGGCAAUGGAUCCAGACAAUGGUAGCCAAGAUACAGACUAUCAUCAAGAAAACGAAGUUGACACGAACCUUUCAGAGCUCUCAUGGGUUGGAAAUAUUAUUGGCCUAAAGGAUGGUGAUAUUGAAGUUGCAUGGGCCGAUGGAAUGGUAUCAACGGUUGGCCCUCACGCAGUUUAUGUAGUAGGACGGGACGAUGAUGAUGAAUCAAUUGCUGGAGAAAGUGAAGCAAGUGAUGCUGCUAGUUGGGAAACGGUAGAGGAUAAUGAGAGGGAUGCUCCCGAAGUUCCUGAAGAGGAUCUUGGAAGGGAGAUUUUGAUUGAGGGAAACUCUGAUGCAGAGAUCAAUGGUGAGAAUGAUUCUGGGAGGAACGGUGCAUUAGCUCUCCCACUAGCUGCAAUUGAAUUUGUGACUCGACUGGCUAGUGGAAUUUUUUCUCGCGGGCGGAAAACUGAGUUGACAAACCCUAACGAUUACUGUGAGUCAGAGGGCACUAAAGCAAAUGCCGAGAAUCACAUGAGUGGAGAAACCUCUACAGUUUUGGAAAACGAAGCGUUGGGAAGAUCAAAGAGUGAAAAAACUGAUGAGCCGGUACCUUCUAAAGGUGAUGGUUGCAGUUUCAGACGCUUUGAUAUAUCACAAGAUCCUCUGGACCACCAUUUUCUUGACGUGGAUGGGCAGGUAACCAAGGAUAGACAAUGGUUCAAGAAGGUUGAUCAAGACUGGAAAAUACUUCAGAACAAUCUUCCGGAUGGAAUCUUUGUUCGAGUUUACGAAGAUAGAAUGGAUCUCUUGAGGGCAGUAAUAGCUGGAGCAUAUGGAACACCAUACCAAGAUGGUCUCUUCUUUUUUGAUUUUCACCUUGCACCUGACUACCCUAAUGUACCACCGGAUUUUGAGGAGCUCAUCAAAGAGCAUUUCAGAAAACGCGGUUAUUACAUCUUGAAGGCAUGUGACGCCUACAUGAAAGGAUAUCUAAUAGGUUCCCUCACCAAAGAUGCCUCGGUUAUCGAUGAACGCAGCAGUGCUAAUUCAACUUCAGUUGGUUUUAAGCUAAUGUUGGCUAAGAUCGCGCCAAAGCUCUUCUCAGCGCUGAGUGAGCGCUCUGGUUCAUCUGAUGAUCAUGUAGGUGAUGAUGACCUCCGUGAUGGUGGUGAUCAUCAUAGUGUUGAUAUUCAACUUGGUCCAUCAGAUCCAUACCUCGACUUUAAAGACAUUGGAGACAAGGCUGAGGAAUCGAGUCGUGUUAGCAUUUGUGACCUCAAGUCCCAGAGAAUCAAGUGCCUCCAUUAG